GUGGACUACUCACGUGAUCCAUCUACGAGUAGCGCUUUUCCCGGUUGCUAGCUUGAUCAUUCCCAUGGACUGUAAAAAAGAAUUACUGUUAUAAUUUGUCCUGUUGAUGUCGACUAACGGAAUGGGCGCACGUCUGCAAGGAGAAGAGAACUUCCAUCGGUGCUGUCAGGCCUUCCUGAAGCUCUCGGAUCAGUUAAGAGACGGCUGGACUUGGGAGUCGGUCAAGAGUUCAAAUGAGGGCUACCUGAGAAAAACUUCUCUCAGGUCAGUCUCGGUCCAUUCUGGAGCUAGCUGGAUUCCCGCUGCUGAUGAGGAAACCAAUGAGGACUUUGAUCACCAUUGUCAUGAAGAUGCUGUUAGCAGUCAAGUCAUCCAGUAUGAAUAUCACAUCCUGUACUCCUGCAGCUAUAUGAACCCAGUGCUCUAUUUCAGAGCCUUCACUCUCGAGGGGAGGAGUCUUUCUUUAGACCAAGUGUGUCGUUCCGUCCAUCCGCACUUCAGGUUGCGACUACAGCAAAGUCCAUUGACGACCAUCACGCAGCAGGAGCAUCCACUCCUAGGUCAGCCUUUCUUCAUGCUCCAUCCCUGUAGAACUGAGGAAUUUAUGAAACCGGUUGUGCAAAUAGAAAAAGAGCAACACAGUCAAGUGAACUACAUUUUGACAUGGCUCAGCUCGGUCGGCCCUCUGGUGGGUUUGGAUGUUUCCCUGAAGUAUCCCAUCCUGCAACGUCAGCUCUCUGAACCCGAAGAAUGUCCGGAGCCCUUUCCACCGUCGUGAAAGUGGAGGUCACCGAGCGCUGAUUUCACUGUGAUAUUGUGCGACAGUAGGGGACGCUAGAGACCAGUUAAAACUUGAAACUGCAGCAAGCAGUAAAGGUAAUGAGCAGUGGUGACCAACUGGGGGUGCUGUUUAUAAGGUUAAGCUUUACUAUUGUGCCACUGACAUGAUUGUUGUUACAGUAUUUAGUUUAGUUAGAAUGGGUUUUUCAAGCAAAGGCCCAGGUAGUAAAAAUCUUUUUUUUUAUAAUGGCAUUUCUUCUGCACAGCCCCAACCAUUUGACCAACUGUCACCGUUCAAAUAUCAAAAUGAACGGAAUUUUCACACGACGCGGGGAAAUUUUCGAAUGACCCCUCAAAAUUUUCUGUUCGCCCGUAAACAUAGGUUUGGGGGGAGGGGGGGGGGAAUAUAUAUGGAUAUAGACAUUUUUAUAUAUAUAUUAGAUAUAUAGAUAUAGAUAUUUGUAUGUAUAUCAAAAUGUAUCUAGUCCUCCAAUGUUUGCAACCCAUUUUUCAUUCAAGGGACAAUAUGGAAAUAAAUUUAACAAAACACAAUACUGUUUCUUACAUUUUAUAAAGUAAAAUAUAAAUGAAAAGUGGGGGAAAAAAGUUAUCAUGGAAGAUGGGCAUUUUCUUUCUUUUGUGUUCUUAGGCUGCAACAACUAAUCUGACACUUUCAGAGUUUAAGUGGAUACAGUAAUUGCUCUCUGGGGUUCUAAUACUGACUGUCAAUAAUAUCUUGCAGCAAUUAUUGGUGAAGGAGAUACUAGAAAAGUUUUUUUUUUUUUUUUAAACUACAAAGGUUUGUUUUUGUUUUUGUUUUUUACUAUGAACUUUAGCGCUGCAACGAUUACUUGAUUACCGUAUAGGCCCAAAUAUAAGACGGUGUUUUUUGCAUUGAAAUAAGAUUGAAAAAGAGGGGGUCGUCUUAUAUUCGCGGUCUAGACAUUAUACCCAUUCAAGACGCAAGACGAUGUUUUGUUAUGACAAGUCUCAGCUACUCUCCCCAUUCACGACGCUAGAUGGCGCCAGAUAUCAUUGAAGCAAUGUUCUGUCAGAUCCCAGCUACUCUCAAGUUUAACCAGUUUGCAUUAUUUUAUUGCCAUGGUUUUCCUUAUUCAGAUUUGUUUCAAGACUACAGUUGCAGUUAGACUUCACUUUGAUAGUUAAUGCAGUUAUUGCAAUUUUGUUGUUUUAUCACAAUAGAUUGUUUUUUUUUUUUACAUUUCAAAAACCAGAAGCCAUUCAUUUACGAAUGUGAUUGCACUUUAGUUUACAUAUUUAAAUGCUCAAAUAUAAAGAUUUGAAUUAGGCAAAAUAACAUGCUUUUUCUCUCAAAUAUAUUGUUAUAAUCAUUUUUUUCAGAUCUACUGUAAUUAUUUUCUGUAUAAAAAUUAAUUUGGUGUUCAGAAAGUAUUUUUUCAAACUUCAGUCUAGAAAAAGAGGUGGUCGUCAUACAAUCAGGGCCGUCUUAUAUUUGGGCCAAUAUUGUAAUUCGAGUAAUUCAAUUACAAAAAAGCUUCAAAUUAAAUUUUGCUGCUUCGAAUAUUUGUUUAAUAAAAGUGGCAUUGUAAUGGUUUGUUUUGAAAGUGUUUGCGUUUAUUUUUAUUUUUUUGGGUGGAUACACUACCCUCUAGUGGCAACAGUGAAUAUGACAUAACUCGUUUAACAUGGCUGAAUCCAGCUGCUCUCUGUUAAGACCAGCAUCAGGUAAGUUUUUGCUUGAGCUAAUAUGUUUUUAUUGCAUUUGCAAUUUAAUUUAUUGGUAUAUUUAGCCGUUUGUUUGUGGGAAUAUGUUUGAACCAUUUGUUAAUAUCACUAUUAAAACAAAAAACUAAAAAAACUUUAGCAUUUAAUAUCAUUUAAGCUAUCAGAUUUUGGAAUGCAAGUUAGCCAAUUGUUCUUUUGUUGUACUUAGAUCCUGAUUACCGUAAUUUUCGGACUAUAAGACGCUACUUUUUUCCUGCAUUUUAAAUCCUGCGGCCUAUAGUGCAGUGCGGUUUAUUAUUGAAUUAUUUGGGUUAGUAGGUAACACUUUAUUUGACAGCAGUGUCAUAAGACUGUCAUAAGACCA